AUGCCGGUCCUGACGAGCCCCGACAUCGCCAACAAGUUUAAGGAGACCUGGCUGGGGGUCUUCCCGGAGGACCAGGGCGCCGGGACGGACUCGGCACCGCUGGACGACAGCCUCACCAGCCUCCACUGGCUCCAGAACUUCUCCAUCCUCAGCGCGGACCCGGAGCGACCCGGCGGCGCGGCGGGUCCGGGCUGUCCGGCCUCCCAGCAGCACCUGCUCCUGAAGAGGCUCGGCUUCCCCGGAGGAGGUGCCGACUCUCCGUCCAGCCCUCCGGCCGGGGACACCGCCUCCACCGGGAUGCCUCUGUACCUCGGGAGCCCGGUGACCUCCGGCAGCUGCUCCACCGCGGCGCCGCGCCUGUUCGCCAGCUGCGCGCUCUCCACCUCCUCCGGGUACCCGCAGAUCCCCGUCCAGGCCAGCCCGCCGGUGGAGGUCGACUACAAGAGCAACCCCAAAGUCAAGCCGCCCUACUCCUACGCCUCUCUCAUCUGCAUGGCCAUGCAGGCCAGCAAGCAGCCCAAAGUGACUCUGUCCACCAUCUACAACUGGAUAACGGCGAAUUUCUGCUACUACCGACACGCGGAGCCCAGCUGGCAGAACUCAAUUCGUCACAACUUGUCCCUCAACAAGUGUUUCAAGAAGGUCCCCAGGCAGAAGGACGAGCCGGGGAAAGGAGGCUUCUGGCAGAUCGAUCCCCAGUAUGCCGACAUGUUUGUCAACGGCAUCUUUAAACGCAGGAGGAUGUCGGCCAACCAGUACAACGGCAUCAGCAGCAGCAGCAGCAGCGGUGGCAGCACGCAAAGACAGAGCAAACUGGAACAGGGUUAUCACAGCACCCAAAAUGGCUGCCCUUACCAAGUUGUGGGCGGCAAACGGAAGAACCUGUCCUCGAAGAUCAGCAACCACGUGAUGAGGGUGACCGAGUCUCCUCUGCUGGCCACCGAGGCCCACAGAGCAGACAUCCUGAGGGGGGACUUUGACCUGGCGUCCGUGUUUGACGACGUCCUGAGCGGAGACUGUAGCAACUUCGAGGAUUUGGACCUCAACUCGGCGCUGAGCUCCCUGGGGUGCGAGAUGGAGGUGUCCAUGCAGGGGAGGCAGCAUUCGGCGGUGAGGUGGUGCGGAGGAGGCGACCUCUUGGGUCAGAGCCAGCAUCUGAGCCACCACCAGUCCUACGGCUACAUGGACCUGAGCGGCGCCUCCAUGGAGUGCGCCGCCAACCUGGGGGAGCUCCACACGCCGCUGUCGCAGCACGCGCAGCGGCAGCAGCUCGACCAGGACCAGCUGCUCCAGAGCCAACACCACCUGCAGCAGUUCGACGAGCCCGCCACGCUGUUCCCGGAGCCGCCAGAGGAGGCGAUGCUGCAGCCCUGGGACGAAAUCAAAGAGGAGGCGCAGGCCAUCCCUCUCUCUCUGGAUCAGGGCUUCGGCCUGUGCGAUGGCUUCUUCACGGAGAUGCAGCCAUGGGAGCGAGUGGAAGCCUAUCUGUGA